CUAGGUUAGCCUUUCAUCUUCUCUUUUCGUCGUUGCUGUUCGGCUUCGUUGCUUUGCAGGAGGUGUAUAGAUUGCACGCGUCGCUUCUUCAGCUAUUCGACUUCGCUCCUUCGACGACUUUCUCUUCCUGUCGGAUCGGAAGUUACGACAUUUUGAUCGGAAGCAAGAACGGGAUUUCGCUGACUGUGAAGUGUUAUUAUUCGUCGUGGUUUUAUAAGGGCUCAGAUCAAUUGAAUUUUGGUUUGGAUCUCAUGGCGGACGUGAAGAUGGAGGAGAUGUCCCUCCCUGCGCUCUUCGAGCUGGCUAGGAAAAUAUAUUACGCAGCAUCGGAUUCCUCAGUGGAUCAGGAACAACUGAAAAAUGGGAUUGAUUUGCUGCGUCGUUGUGAUGAGAUGGUGAGCAAGCUCGGGCUAUUCUCGUCUAACGAGACUAAAGAUGACGUUAGCACCACGAAUCUGAAAUACAUCUUGGUCCCAUUUUAUCUUGGAGAACUGACAGAAAAACUUGCAAAAGAGGACAGGAUUGAGAUUCUUAAAAUGUCGCGUGUUCAAUUGAAGGAAUUUAUUUCAAUCUGUGAGGCUCUUGAACUUGUGCCCAAAGAGGAGAUUGAGUCUUCUAAGACAAGCAGUACAGAUUUGGCAGCGGCAAGAGCCAAAAAGAUUGCUCGUUUUAAGCGUCAAAAAGCUGCUGAAGCAAAACUUCAAGAAAUCAAAGAAAGGAAGGAGAGGAGAGGCCGUUCAUUGAGAGCUUCAGCUCUUUCUGCCCCUAUUGAGGCUGGGGAGGAAGAUUUGCUUGAUGAUGAUGGUGAAGAAAGGGAGGCCUGGAUAACUUCUAUCUCUCUGGCUAUUUGCAAGGCUUUUGACCUGCUUGAUAUGCUAAAGAAAGAGGAAGAGAUGCUAGUUGCUGUGAAGGAACAAAGUUCACAGGCAGGUAAUGAUUAUUUUGCUCGAGAAGUACUGGAUGAGCGUACCCAAAAAGCUGAAAUGUGGCAUAAAACUGCUGCUAGUCGAGCUCCUUUCCUGAAACCUUCCCAACCUAUCAGUUGUGCAACUUUUGCACAAGAUGUUAUUGAAGGGAGAGCAAAGGCGUCAGAAGUACAUGAGCACAAACACCAGCCUCUGAUAUUUGGACCUGCUAGCUUAAUUGGUGGAAAAUUAACUAGUGAGAGAGAGAGAAUGGCAGCACAAGUCUUCCAGCCUGGUUACAGGUUGCCCACCAUGAGCAUAGAAGAAGCUGGCUUAAGAGAAAUGGAGAUUAUGAACAAGUGGCAGGAAAGGAAUACAAAGCUCAUGGAGGAGGCCAACUCUUCCUGGCACAAGGAUAGGAAUCGCCGAGAAAAUGACGACGACGACGACGAUGAGGCUCAGGAGAAGGCGCGAGCAUGGGAUGAUUGGAAGGACGACCACCCUCGAGGUGCCGGAAACAAGAAGCUCACUCCUUGCGGGUAAAGAAAGCUUUGUAACCUGGCAAAUUAUUACGUCCGGUGUCCGGAUGCAUCUGGAGGCGAAUUUGGACGUGCCAUGUCACUCCGACUCCGGUGCAUCCGGGUGACGUGGCAUUUCCUGAUUUGCCUCCGGACAGUCCGGACACCGCAUGUAAUAAUUUGCCCUGUAACCUCUGUAAGUAUUUUUUUACAUCUACAGAUCUUUUAUAGUUAGGGAAGAUGACUUUUGAACUCUCUUUAUUUAUUUUGGCUGUUAUAUUAAUAGAAAACAUUUUAGUUUUUCAGU